CUUAAAAGUUAUAAACAAAUAAUCAUGCCGGGACGGUCAAAGGCGUUUGGGGUUGCAUUUGCUUUAUUUCACUGGACCUUUAUUAGCUCCGGUUGCUCAGCGUGGCUUUCUGCUACACUUGCUCGAUACACUUGAAUUAAAAAAAAAACUGUUUAGAGUCUCAACCAAUUCCCAACCCAUUUCGUUGCUCACAAUCGUCUCUGUAUCAACCACAAGCAUGGCAGCAAAGAAGGCCGUUGUAAAGACAGCCGCUUCUACUCGUCCGAAACGAACACCGAAACCCACAACUCCGGCUGUAGAACCUGCACCAGCAGCUCCCAAGCCCAAGAAGGCGAUCACGACUACCAAGACCACCAAGAAGGCGGCUCCCAAGAAAGCUGCCCCCAAGAAAGCGGCGCCCAAGAAAACGGCAGCAGCCAAAGUCACCAAGAAGAAACCCACCGCCAAAGCCACCAAGAAGAAGCCCGCCACCAAGAAAGACCCAAACGCUGAAUUCUUAGAGGAAGGAGCCAUCAUACCAAAGCGAUUCGAAGGAAUCUACGAAAACAACCCACUAGGCCCCGCAGCAGCCCAAAAAGUCGCCGACAGACGAGCAGAAGAAAGGGCAACGAGUGCAUUGUAUUCAAAAAUGUCAGCCCGCUAUUCCACCAGGUUGCAGGAUGAGUUGAGGGAAGAACUCAAAGCGGCUCACGCCAGAGGCGAAUGGCUGGACAUGAGCUUUGGCGGCUGGCUGAACUAUAACGUGGAGGAAGACGUCGCUGCUUGGAACCAAGCGCAGAAUAUACAUUCCGCCAUGUUGAUAGCGAUGUUCGAUAUAAACGAAGCCACCUUGAAGGAUGUGGAAAAAAAGUUAGAAGAUGCAUGGAAAGAGGGCGAGUUGGAGCAUUGUAACGACGCUGAUGAGUACUUUUGCUGGCAGGCGGCCGAGAACAUCAGAGCGGCGGAGAGAGAAAUCAAAAUGGUAUCGGUAAGAGCCGAUGCUGCCAGGCACGCCGCCAUGAAAGACAAGAGGAAAACCACUGUUGCGGCAACGAGACCGGAAACGCUGGCAGAGGAAUGGGUUAGUGCAAGCUCCCCUGUCAAGAAACUUCAAGAGACGGUUAUUAAUGCGAGUCCAGUGAAGCAAAUCCAAAGCCUUUUUGGAGCAAACACGGAGGGAUCGCAGAGAAGAGGGGAUUGGAGUAAUGAUAGUGGGUAUAGGGCGGAUAACGAGCAGAGUAGUGUGUUGAGUCGGACAUGGGAGCUUGCUGCUCAUGCUGUCGAGGCGAUGAAAGGGGCGGUGAACUCGGAAUAGGUCGAUGGCUUUCUUUUGUCUUUGGAUUUUUGUGUAAGGUCGUUUUCAUUUGUCAAGUUCGAAUACAGUAUCUGCACUUUCUCUGGCGAUUGGCUGUUCUGUGAGAUUCUGUGCGUUAAUGUAGGCGUAGCCGCAUAGAGAUUGACCCGGCACCGAACUCUCUCUCGCCUAUAAAGCCUUGCAACCUAGGCUGCAAAAAGGCAGGAUGCUUUUAAUAAUCAAG